GCUUCCGGAGUCCCGGCUAAGGGUUUACAGCGCGGGUCUCAGCUUCAAGAAUUAGCUGGGCGUUUCCUUUGCCUGCGUCUCACUACAGGCCUACAGGUUUUUCAGCUUUGUCAUAUGUGCAAGAUUCCUACUGCUGCCUUAAUAAAUUGCUACAAUUUUAGUAGCUCAGUGGAGCACAAAUACUUCAGUGUUCUGCAGAUAGAAAUCUGACAUGGAUCUCCCUGGACUUAAAUGAAGGUGUCAGCAGGGAGCCAUAUAUUAAAGACAAUGUCUGGAAGCUUCUACUUUGUAAUCGUUGGUCACCAUGAUAAUCCAGUUUUUGAAAUGGAAUUUUUGCCAGCUGGGAAAGCAGAAUCCAAAGAUGAUCAUCGUCAUCUGAACCAAUUCAUAGCUCAUGCUGCUCUUGACCUUGUGGAUGAAAAUAUGUGGCUCUCAAACAACAUGUACUUGAAAACUGUGGACAAAUUUAAUGAGUGGUUUGUGUCAGCAUUUGUCACUGCCGGCCAUAUGAGAUUUAUUAUGCUUCACGAUAUAAGGCAAGAAGAUGGAAUAAAGAACUUCUUUACUGAUGUUUAUGAUUUGUAUAUAAAGUUUGCAAUGAAUCCAUUUUAUGAACCCAACUCUCCUAUUCGAUCAAGCGCAUUUGACAGAAAAGUUCAGUUUCUUGGGAAGAAACAUCUUUUAAGCUGAAUACAGAAAAAUUUUCAAAAUAAACAGUGUCACAAUGGGAUAUACUCAGGAAUGUGUACAUUGUAAGUAACUUGAUUAGCCUAUAAACUUUUACUUUUCUCAGUUUAUCUAAAUUUAGUAGAAUUUCUUUUAUAAUUUAAAAAUAGUACAUUGUUUCAUCUUGGAUAUCAACAGUAUUUGCUUGUCAAGUGUUAUUUAUAGAGUUCCUUGUCGAUAAUUUUGAAAUAUUUGUAUUUUAAAAGUUGGGAAGCUUACUGUUUAGUUUUGUUUUUUUCUCCUUUAAAUAAAUUUUUUUUAAAAAAUUGAAAAGCUUUUGACUUUCCUUAUCCAGAUAGUUUGACCUUAGUGUCAAACUACCAAAUGUCAUAGUCAAGCUUUGGUAGACAGAUUUAAAACUAAGAUUGUGCAGAAGGAAAUGAAAUUGAUAGCACAUACAGUGAUUUAUUUGUACACUUGGAGAUAUACUAUAAACAUUUAUAGUACACAGCACUACCUAAGCUGAAUCAAAACGCUUUUGCCGUGGCUAUUUGUUGUAUGCCUGCCUCUGUCAGAGACUAGGACUAGUGAUCAUCACUGCUAUAACUUUGGAAUCCUUUACCUGUAUGUGUAUAAUGGACCAAGUUUACAGACCAUAGUGAAAUGUGUUGCCUCUGUUACCCUAUGUUUUUGUAUUUUUUCUGAAAGUAAAAUGGAACUUGAAUAAACUGACUGGUAUCUGUGCUUGUAAAAAUUGUAAUACAGUUGAAGAACUGUCAUUAAAGUUUGGAUUAUAUUAACAUUUGCACUUAGCUUUUUAGGUUGUACACUGGAGGCUAAUAGUUGUCUCUUCUGUACUAUACUGUGUGUUUUCAAUGUAAAAUAAUGAAUGUCCAUGGAAAAGCAAGACCAGAUAUUUUCUGUGCUUAUGAGCACUUGAAGAAUUCUGUUCUGAAUGACAAAAAUUUUGAGCAAGUAAUUUUAAGCUUGAUCCUAUAUCCUUGUGUGAAGUUGCUACCAUCAGAUUUACUCUUAUUUGAUUUCUUAAAUAAAGAUAUUUAUCCAA